GCUUCUGAAUUUUGCAUGAAAAGGAGAACAUCAACUGAAAGCAAUGAAAUCUGUGAAAAGAAGACCAAGGCACAACAAAUUACUCUAGAAGACAUCUGUAACCCACUGAAGGCUCAGGAUAAAAAAGAACCUCAGAAGUGUGAAAAGCCCCGUGUAUGUUUACAGACACUAGACAGACUGAGAGAAUUCUACAGUGAUUCAGAUCAGCAGUGUAACAGAGUCUAUGAGGAUAGUUUUCGGGAGAAAGAAUCUCUGAGUUUGGAAGAAUGUCCUGGUAUUACUGGGAGAAGUUCAGAACUGAAAAACCCUCUUCAGUCUUGGAACACGAGCCCAAAGGUUUCUCAGAAGAGAACCAAAACCAUUUAUACUCCCCUAGAACUUCAAUUCAUAGAAAUGAAGAAACAGUAUAAGGAUGCUGUUUUGUGUGUGGAAUGUGGAUACAAGUAUCGCUUCUUUGGAGAAGAUGCAGAGAUUGCAGCUAAAGAGCUCAACAUCUAUUGUCACCCGGAUCAUAACUUUAUGACUGCCAGUAUACCCACUCACAGACUGUUUGUCCACGUGCGGCGACUUGUAGCAAAAGGAUAUAAGGUUGGAGUAGUAAAACAAAUGGAAACUGCAGCACUAAAGGCUGCUGGAGGAAAUAAAAGCUCUCUCUUCAGCCGGAAACUGACUGCUCUCUACACAAAGUCUACGCUUAUUGGAGAAGAUGUGAACCCUUUGCUGAAGCUAGAUGAAUCUCUAGGUGUUGAAGAGGUCACAGCAGAUGUCCCUGAUAACUACCUCCUCUGUAUCUGUGAAAAUGGAGAAAACUUAAAAGACAGGAAGAAAGGUGAUGUUGUUAUAGGCAUUAUGGCAGUCCAACCAACUACUGGAGAAGUAGUUUUUGACAGUUUUCGGGACUGUGCAUCUCGCUUAGAAUUAGAGAGUCGGGUUUUGCGUCUGCAGCCGGUUGAAAUAAUACUUCCAUCUACCCUGUCAGAUCAAUCUGAAAAGCUCAUCAACAGUAUAACCUCCAUGAG